AAUAUAUUUAGCGAUGCGAAGGUAACGAAUGUGAGCACCAGAUCAACCUACAACCCAGAUAGUUCAGACAAACAGUGUAGCGGACAGAGAUCAUCAUAAUGGCCGCGUCAGAAGAUGUUGUGAUGGAGGUUCCUGAUGAAAACAUACAGAGGUUUACAGUGGAGUUGGAGUUUGUUCAGUGUCUAGCUAACCCUGAGUAUCUUAAUUAUCUAGCUCAACACAACUAUUUCAAGGAGGAGGAAUUUGUUAACUAUCUCAAAUAUUUACAGUAUUGGAAAGACCCCAAAUAUGCUCGGUUCAUCAAGUAUCCGCAGUGUCUGCAGCUGUUAGAACUCCUGCAGGAACCAAAGUUUAGGAAUGAACUUAUAAACGUACCCUGCACUAGAUUCAUUCAGUCCCAACAAAUGCAGCACUGGUCGCACCACUUUAGAAGACGAGCCAAUUUAGUGAACAACUCUGCAGCAAAGAAAGAAACUGAUGGGAAACCAGAAAUACGUAUGAAAGAGGAACCGCAGUCCUGAAAGUAGUUCAUUAUUGUUGGAGGUCUAACUCUAAGCACCGUACAGAUUAUGAAGAUAAUGCCCACAAUAGCUUUGAAGAUGUAUAUCCCUCUUUGGCUGUGCUUGAUGACAUUUGAUUGGUUCUAACGAGAUGAUUGUAGAAAUACUCAUUAACAUCACUUCUCUCUGCAAUCCAAUAUCGUGUAUUAUCAUGUUUCUAUAGAAGAAGUUUUGCUCUGUGAUAAAAUUGGUUUUAUCAGUUGGUAACUGGGAAUUGUCACUUUAUUAAUUUUAUUUGUUUAAGUUAGGUAGUUAUAACUUUAUUAUAAAUAUUAAAAUUACCAAUUC